AUGUCUCUCACGCUCAAGGUCACAUCACUGUUCGUCAGAACGCUUGCGAAGCCCGUAGCAAAUGCCAUCAAACGCAAUGCCCACGAACACGAUCGCUUUCGCCGGAUAUGCGUCAAAUUUGCCCAAGGUUUGCAUCGCGUCGAUAUGCGCAUGCGCCUCGGCCUCCUCCAGGACCCGGCUGUUAUCGACAGGCAGAUUAAGAAGGAAGUCCAAUUAGCAGAGGCUGCGCGGAAAAAAGCAGCCGCCCCAACCGUCCUUACCGAAGAGGAAAUGAAGGCGGAAGAGGCGCUCACGGAGAAGGAACGAGAAGCUAUCAAGAAGAAGACUGAAGAGAGAAUCAAGCCCCGUAUCCGACCUCUAUCCGAACAAAAAGCCAUCGAGAUGGGCGCCAACUUCGCUGCCGAGACGUUUAUAUUCGCUGUUGGAAUCGCUGUAAUUCUUGUUGAGCAAUGGCGACAAAGAAGGAAGGCACGCAAUGCCAGAGACGACAUAAGAGAAGAUUUAGAAGAGGUGCAGGCUGAGCUCAAGGCAGUCAAGGCAGAAUUUGAGGAGUUCAAGGCGAAGCACCCGGAGCCCGCAUCCUCAAAGAUACUCGGGUUCUUCACGGGCAGUGGGAAGAAGGAAGACAAAAAGCCUGAAGCCGUGAGCACCGAAUCGAAGCCAGUAUCUGUCGAGACUCAACGCGAUGCCAUCAAAUCGACGAAUGCUACAUCCGCAAUGCAAGAGCAGUCGUCAGCCGAUAAGCCCUCACAACAUAAGGAUCUAGGGAUUCUCAGCAUGGGUCUUCCACACUACACCAACGACAUUGAGCCUCGUCCCGAUGAGAAAGAGCAGCCCAUCAUAGAAAGCGGAGAAAUGCGCUCCAUGAACGUUGUCGCCCCUGCUCAACUAGACGGUGGAGCGGACUACUAUUCGCGAGCCCCCAACGACAAAACCAUUCCCUCUCAGCAAGGUCACUACCCCCAACUCCCUCGCCAAUCUCACAACGCGCCUUCCGUCCCGCCACCGCCGCCACGCCAACCAUCCCGCACCGUUGGCAAUGCAGUCAACGACCUGCUUCCUUACUGUACAACCGAGCCGCCUCUGAGCCAAGCGCAAGUCAUCGCUCUAAGCGACGUUGUGGGUAGUCUAAAGGAACUCGUCGUACUGGCUCUAGGUGCUGCUUCUGGUGUGCCGAGGAGUAUGGAGAAACUGGAAGGUGCGGUGGGUUCGCAGGCCGCAGUGAAUAUUGUGGAGUUCUUUGCCGACGAAUGGGAGAUCGAGGGCUGA